ACAAACAUCGCAGUUUAUCAAAUCAAACAGGAAGUGAACGAAAGCUACACACUACGUCAUGAGUUGCGUCACGACGAGAGAACCAAUGAGGAGGGUUCCUGCUGAUCCAGCGCAGCAGACAGUAGUAGUUGCUGUCCAGAUGAAGUCGUCAGCCUGAUGAGGGACUUCCUGGUCAGACAGAGAUUUUCUCAGGAAACACAGAUUUUCCAUCAUUAAUCCAGCACGAGCUCCAUUCCUCGGCUCUAAACGUUCAUUUAUCGGCGUUGCCUCAGCGGAUUAGCCCGGGAGCUAACGUCAACGUCAGCGCAGGACUCUGACCAUGUCCGCCUCGGCUGGAUGCUCACCAUCGGGCCACAGCUCAGGCCUCGGCCCGGCUAUGUCGAUGUUUCGAUGGCUGGAGGUUCUGGAGAAGGAGUUUGAUAAGGCCUUCGUGGACGUGGAUCUCCUGCUGGGAGAAAUAGACCCGGAUCAGGUGGAUAUAACCUACGAGGGGCGGCAGAAGAUGACCAGCCUGAGCUCCUGUUUUGCUCAGCUCUGUCACAAAACUCAGACGGUAUUCCAGCUCAACCACAAACUGGAGGCCCAGCUGGUUGAUCUGCGUUCUGAGCUGACUGAGGCCAAAUCUGAGCGGGUCGUGGUAGAAAGGGAGGUCCAUGACCUUCUCCUGCAGCUUCAUGCUCUCCAGCUGCAGCUCCGUGCCAAGGAAGGUCAAGCUGAGGACUCAGACACCAUCAAAGACAGACUGCCUACACCCACACUGGAAGAUAUGGAGCAAGAGCUGGAAGCCAGUAAGAAGGAGAAACUAGCCGAGGCAAGGCUGGAAGCAGAAGUGCGACUGUUUAAAAAAGAAAACGAGGCCCUUCGCAGACACAUGGCCGUCCUACAGGCCGAAGUGUAUGGAGCCAGACUGGCUGCCAAAUACCUGGACAAGGAACUGGCUGGCAGGGUGCAGCAGAUCCAGUUACUUGGUCGGGACAUGAAAGGUCCAGCCCACGACAAGCUGUGGAAUCAGCUGGAGGCAGAAAUUCACCUUCACCGCCAUAAGACGGUCAUCCGGGCCUGCCGAGGUCGCAGCGACCCAAAGAAGCCUCUUCCUUCCCCCGUGGGACAUGACCCUGACAUGCUGAAGAAGACCCAGGGAGUAGGCCCUAUCAGGAAGGUGGUGCUGGUCAAGGAGGAUCAUGAAGGGCUGGGAAUCUCCAUCACAGGUGGGAAGGAGCACGGCGUUCCCAUUCUGAUUUCAGAAAUACAUCCAAGCCAGCCUGCAGACAGAUGUGGAGGUCUACAUGUGGGAGACGCCAUCCUCGCUGUCAACAGCAUCAACCUACGAGAUGCCAAACACAAGGAAGCAGUCACCAUUCUCUCCCAGCAGCGAGGACAGAUCGAGUUUGAGGUGGUGUACGUGGCUCCAGAAGUAGACAGUGAUGAUGAGAACGUGGAGUAUGAGGAUGACAGCGGCCAUCGGUACCGACUCUACCUGGAUGAAGUGGACGAUGGCAGCAGCACUGCUCCACCCGGCAACAGCUCAGCAUCACUUCAGGCUUUGGAGAAGAUGUCACUGAGCAACGGACCGGAGAAUGGGAAUCUUGGAAUUGCCACGGAGACACCCCUAGACCAGACCCCGUCUAAGCCCUCUGAGACAGACUGCUCUUCAUAGAAGCUCUGCCGGCCAUCACAACUUUAAAACAAAGACUGAGAGACAAUCUGAGGGGACGAGCUGGUAGUUUCCUCUGGUCGGUGUCUUGUUGGUGGAAAAGUGUGUUUGAGAGGAAUUCUGUGGAGGAAGACGGAUGUUUUAGUUGUGACAGGACAGCAGUAGGAGGCUGUUGACUUUUUCAGGGUGUGCCCUCGUUUCACCUGACUUUGUUAGAUGUUCCUCUGGUUUUGGAAGGACUUCAAUGGGAAUAUUUUAUCCUGGAAUAAUCUAGAGAGGGAACUUUUUAAAAAAGAAAAAAAGAUUGUGUUACCAAAAAGAAUCUUCUAACGGUCAUCUUGGAUUUGGGUGAUUAUUGUAGUUAUCAGGGUGAACAUUAGUAAGAAUAUCAGAAUUUUUUCCAUAAAAAUGGAGGAAUUCUUCAGUGUUUUUCUGGAAUAUGAAGAUGUUUCCUGUCAGCAGACGUAACAAAGCCUUGGUUGAGCUGUUUGGCAGCUGUGACACCAUGUUUCUGCAUCCUCCUGCAGCAUCGUGAAUCGGUCCUCUUCUUCUGUCUUGUAGCUUGCCUGUACGACCCCAAACGUCCGCUGUUAAAGACACAUUCAGGACAAACCUGUCCAACUCUGCACAGAAAGCAGCAUGUCACAUGUUUUAAUGGCUGACAUGAGGCCUGGUUCUGAACCUCGUGGUUCAUUUUCUGUGUAGAAGGUAGGCUAGAUCACAGCUAGAUCCAUCUCUGACAGUACGGCAUGCUUCACUAUAUCAGAUUCUCAUUUAUUCUGUUAAGUGCUGCGUAUCUCCUUAGUUGUCAUUGUUGUCUGCUGUAACAGAAAGUAUAAAAACACCAAACCAGAGGAUUCUCUGAUCAACAGGGUGGGUUUAAUCUGUCCCAGAUAGCUGCUGCACGGUGAAUCUAUCUGUUAGUAUUCCAACCUGCUGGUGUUCUGACCCAAAGAUUCGUUUUUAUGCAGUAACCUCCAGAUGUUCUCCAUAGCUUCCACCUUUUCUCUUCAUUUCUCUGGUUCUUGGUUUGUGUUUAAAACUCACUAAUGAUGUGCAUCUAGGUCAACAGCUGUCAUCUUUUUUAAACUAUGUAAUAAAGAUUUUCUUCAGUUUGA